AAUGAAUAUUGGAUGGAUUGGGACAGGUGUUAUGGGUGUGUCUAUGUGCAAGCAUAUUCUUAAAGCUGGUCAUAAAUUACGCAUUUAUAACAGAACCUUUGCUAAGGCAUAACCUCUUGUAGAAGCAGGAGCAGAAUUUGUUCAACCACGUGAAUUGGCAUAACAUUCAGAUGCAGUUUUUUUAAUGUUAGGAUAUCCAAAAGAUGUUGAAUAAGUAGUUUUAGGAGAUCAAGGAAUUUUAAAUCAUAUGAAAAAGGGUACAGUUUUAGUUGAUCACACUACUUCAUCACCUGAAUUGGCAGAGAGAAUUUUCAAGGAGGCAAAGGAGAAAGGAAUAGAUUCAAUUGAUGCUCCAGUAAGUGGAGGAGAUAUUGGUGCUAGAGAAGGUAGAUUGGUGGUGAUGUGUGGAGGAGAAUAGAAAGGUUUGGAUAGAAUAAAUGAUAUAUUAAAGGUUUAUAGUGGAAAUGUAUAAUUGAUGGGAGGUGCUGGUUUAGGUUAACAUACAAAGAUGGUAAAUUAGAUAGUGUUAGCAGGAAAUAUGAUAGGAACAGUGGAAGGUUUAUUAUAUGGACAUAAAUGUGGAUUGAAUUUAGAAUAAUUGAUAAAUACAAUAAAGAGUGGAGCAGCAAAUUCAACAGCUUGGAGUGUUUUAGGGUUAAGAAUGGUGAAGGGAGAUUUUGAACCUGGAUUUUAUGUUGAGCAUUUUAUUAAAGAUUUAAGCAUAGGAAUUAAUGAAGCUAAUAGAAUGAAUUUGAGUUUGCCAGGAUUAGCUUUAGUGAAACAAUUGUAUCAUGCUUUAGUUGCCUAAGGUGGUGGACGUAAUGGAACAUAAGCAUUGUUAUUAGCUUUAGAGAGAUUGAAUAACCAUAAAAUUAGAUGAUU